CCUGUCAAUUGAAUUUGGUAGUGGGAGAAUUUCGCAAAGGGGAAGUCAACGUCGUCCAUCCUUUCGACUUUUGUGAGUGCUGGGAAACCGAAAGUUGGAAAAUGUCGCUACUUUCCGCUCGUUUAGCUGCCUCUGUGGCCCGAAACAUCCCUAAAACCGUAACUCAGGCCGCAGGAGCAGCUUUCCCAGCUACUUCGGCAGCUGUAAGAAAAAUUCACGCGACUCCAGCCAACAAUGGAGUUGAAAUUUCUUCAGUUUUGGAAGAGCGCAUCUUGGGUUCUGCCCCAAAAGCUGAUUUGGAUGAAACUGGUCGUGUCUUGAGCAUUGGUGAUGGUAUUGCCCGUGUAUAUGGUUUGAAUAACAUUCAGGCCGAUGAGAUGGUUGAAUUUUCUUCCGGAUUAAAGGGUAUGGCUCUUAACUUGGAACCCGACAACGUCGGUGUGGUAGUAUUCGGUAACGACAAACUUAUCAAGGAAGGUGAUAUUGUCAAGAGAACUGGUGCCAUUGUAGAUGUACCAGUAGGUGAUUCCAUUUUGGGUCGUGUAGUAGAUGCUUUGGGUAAUCCCAUUGAUGGUAAGGGACCACUAAACACCAAACAACGUUUCCGUGUCGGUAUCAAGGCUCCCGGUAUCAUUCCCCGUAUUUCCGUAAGGGAACCUAUGCAGACUGGUAUUAAGGCUGUAGACUCUCUUGUACCCAUUGGUAGAGGUCAACGUGAAUUGAUCAUUGGUGAUCGUCAAACUGGCAAAACUGCUCUGGCUAUCGACACCAUCAUCAACCAGAAACGUUUUAACGAUGCCGAUGAUGAGAAAAAGAAGCUGUACUGCAUCUACGUCGCCAUCGGUCAGAAGAGAUCUACCGUCGCCCAGAUCUUAAAACGUCUUACUGACACCGGUGCUAUUAAUUAUACCAUUAUCGUAUCUGCCACCGCCUCUGAUGCCGCUCCAUUGCAAUACCUUGCUCCAUACUCUGGGUGUGCUAUGGGUGAAUAUUUCAGAGAUAACGGCAAACACGCUUUGAUUAUCUACGAUGACUUGUCCAAACAAGCUGUUGCUUACCGUCAAAUGUCCCUGCUGUUGCGUCGUCCCCCAGGUCGUGAAGCUUACCCCGGUGAUGUAUUCUACCUUCACUCUCGUCUGCUCGAGCGUGCCGCCAAAAUGUCCGACGCCCAUGGAGGUGGAUCACUCACCGCCUUGCCCGUCAUCGAAACCCAAGCCGGUGACGUAUCCGCUUACAUUCCCACCAACGUAAUUUCCAUUACUGACGGACAAAUCUUCUUGGAAACUGAAUUGUUCUACAAGGGUAUCCGUCCCGCCAUCAACGUCGGUUUGUCUGUAUCCCGUGUAGGUUCCGCUGCCCAGACCAAAGCCAUGAAACAGGUCGCCGGUUCCAUGAAACUGGAACUCGCCCAAUACCGUGAGGUAGCCGCCUUUGCCCAGUUCGGUUCCGACUUGGACGCUGCCACUCAACAACUGUUGAACCGUGGUGUCAGGUUGACCGAAUUGUUGAAACAGGGACAGUAUGUACCAAUGGCCAUUGAAGAACAGGUCGCCAUUAUCUACUGCGGUGUCAGAGGACACUUGGACAAACUUGACCCCUCAAAGAUCACUGUUUUCGAGAAGCAAUUCUCUGAACACAUUAAGAGCAGACACCAGAACAUACUGCAGAGCAUCUCCAAAGAGGGUAAAAUUACCGAAAGCACCGAUGCUGAAUUGAAGAAAAUCGUACAGGAGUUUAUUGCUAGCUUCUCUGGUUAAUUUUUUAAUUAAUUAUAUUUAUUAUAAUACGGCUUUUAGCUGACAACGUAUAAAAACUCAUAAAUACUAAGUAUUUUGCCGUUGUUUGCUAGAAGAUCCAUAUUGUGUAAUUUUACCAUAUGUCGCCAACAACCUGUCUAUUUACACAUAAGUUUUAGAAUGCUAAGGUGAUUUUUUAGAAAAUGUUUCAGAAUCCUAAUCAACUUUAUUUGAAAUGCGUGAAGGUGCGGCAUUUCGUUGUUUUUAUUAAGUAUUUUUUGUUUGUAUCGAAACACAAUAAUAAAUAAAUUACUCUAAAUGUU